AUGGAUAUAAUAUCAAUUCCUGCCAACUUGUCUAGUUGUCCAGAAUUUGGAACUCUGUCCUGCCCUCCAACUUCCAGGCCAUUUCAUGUUCGGGUGAUAAUGUAUUCAGUCAUGUCUGGGGCUAUGUUUAUCACUGUCUUUGGAAACCUGGUAAUCAUGAUAUCCAUAUCCCACUUCAAACAACUUCACUCCCCCACCAACUUCCUGAUCCUUUCCAUGGCCACCACAGACUUUCUACUCGGCUUCAUCGUCAUGCCCUACAGCAUGGUCAGAUCUGUGGAGAGCUGCUGGUACUUUGGAAGUGGCUUUUGCAAAUUCCACGCAAGCUUCGAUAUGAUGCUCAGCCUUGCGUCGAUAUUCCAUCUUUGCUCUAUUGCUCUCGAUCGGUACUAUGCUGUGUGUUAUCCUUUACACUACCCAGUUAAAAUGACAAACGGGAUGAUAAAGAGAUUGCUGGCGUUUUGCUGGUCAGCCCCAGCUAUCUUUUCUUUUGGCUUGGUCCUAUCUGAGGCCAAUGUCUCCGGCAUGCGGAGCUAUGAGAUUCUUGUGGCGUGUUUCAAUUUCUGUGCCCUCGCCUUCAAUAAGCGGUGGGCAACGAUAUUGUUUAUCACAUGUUUCUUCACUCCUGGUUCAAUUAUGAUUGGCAUUUAUGGUAGAAUUUUUGUCAUUUCCAAAAGGCACGCCCAGGUUCUCCACAACUUGCCUGAACAUACCAAUAGUGAAGUGAAAAAAGCUAUCUCAAAGAAAAAAGACAGGAAAGCGGCUAAAACUCUGGGAAUUGUCAUGGGGGUAUUUUUGGCAUGCUGGUUGCCUUGCUUCUUGGGCGUUUUGCUUGACCCUUAUCUGGACUUCUCUACUCCUAUGAUCGUGCUCGACCUCUCGGUAUGGUUGGGCUAUUUCAACUCCACCUGUAAUCCAUUAAUCCAUGGUUUCUUCUACCCAUGGUUUCGGAAUGCCCUUAAAUACAUCAUAUCAGGCAAAAUAUUUAGCUCCCAUUCAGAAGGUGUAAACCUGUUUCCUGAAUCACAUUAA